ACGCACACACUCACCACCACUUGCUCACCACCACUUGCUCUCUAUUUGCCAGGAAUGCAGGCCGUCCCCAGCGCUUCCUCCCCUGCAUUCCUCAGGAGCUACUCCCACCUGGCAGGCAAAUUACACCCUGGCCUGGCAAUAAAAGCCACUUUUCAGAAAAAGAAGCUUUAGGGCCCCGAGAGACGCAGUUAACUCUCUCACACUGCUUGUGCCUGACUCAGAAGGUGGUGUCUGGGCCAGAGGAGCCAGGGUCCUGUGUCCCUUUAAGCAGGGAGUACAAAUUCCCAUCCCAGUCCCUCCCUCCUGCUUUUCCUGACGUCAGGAGGAAGGCGUGUGUGAGUGAGUGAGGGGCCUGAGGUGCCUGCCGCAUGCUCACACACACACACACACACACAUACACACACACACAUACACGGAGUCACACACACAGCCCAUCCCCUGCUCAUCGCUCCAAGUGCCAGUGAGAAGCAGAGUGCUGAACCAGCUGCGAGGCAGCGCCGGACCUCAACUGCCAGGGAGAGACGGAGCCUGUGGCUGGUGAGGCCGCCGAGCGGGGCCAGGCCGGGCCCUGCCCGCAAGGACGCCCUUCACCGGCCUCUGUGCCCAGGAGCCCAUCAGGCUCUCCUGUUGGCCCUGCCAUGACUUCGGAGCCCACACCGUCCCCAGUCGUGCCACCGCUGCACUCCCCCAAGUCCCCUGUCUGGCCCACCUUCCCCUUCCACCGGGAGGGCAGCAGGGUCUGGGAGCGGGGCGGUGUCUCAUCUAGGGACCUGCCCAGUCCCCUGCCCACCAAACGGACCAGGACAUAUUCAGCGACAGCCCGUGCCUCAGCUGGCCCCGUGUUCAAAGGUGUCUGUAAGCAGUUCUCACGCUCACAGGGCCACGGCUUCAUCACCCCCGAGAACGGGUCCGAGGACAUCUUCGUGCACGUAUCUGACAUCGAGGGGGAGUACGUGCCAGUGGAAGGCGACGAGGUGACCUACAAGAUGUGCCCUAUCCCGCCCAAGAACCAGAAGUUCCAAGCCGUGGAGGUGGUGCUCACCCAGCUGGCCCCACACACUCCCCACGAGACGUGGUCCGGCCAGGUUGUGGGCUCCUAGGCUGGGCGGCUCACGUGCCAGCUGCUGGGCGGGUGGGGAGCGACUCUGGGUAGAUGGGCAGCAGUGGGUUCCAUGCCCCACUGCACUGGCUGACCAGGUCCCUGGGGCAGCCUCGGUGUGCACAUCUGUCUGUCUGUGCUUGUGGCCGUGAGUGUGUGCCUCCAUCCACCCCCGUGACUGUCGUGAGCUGUACCGAGGCCACCAGUCCUGCCUUCUCUGCUCAUCACUCCUUCUUCCUCUCCCCGCCACACAGCACAGGACCCUCUUGCCCUCCUAACACCCGACAGUGUGGCCACAGGGCCUCCAGGGCCUGUGUCAGGCCUGGGGCUGGGAGUCUGGGCAGCAGCGGGGCCCCGUACAAGCCUGCUCCCCUAGCCUGUGUCCCAUGCCUGGCCCCGGGGCCAGACUCUGCUUCUGCUACUCACACCUCCCACCCUGCGCUGGGGUCUCCCACUGUGGCCUGGACCCCUCCCCUCAGAAGCCAGGCCAGUGAGUGCUUUGUGGGAGCCUCCCGGCCUCUCGCAGGGGAAGAAGACAAAACCUGGAGGCAGAAAGCCCCCUCCCCACUGCCAAGGCCCAGUCUGCUUUCCUUCCUUCUCUUCCUCAGCACACUGGAGAAGCAGGAAAGGCAGUUUGGGGGCUCUUGUUUUGCCAGCUGGUCCCUCCCCCUCAGCCUGGCAAAAGCUCUGUGAACCCCAAACUGAGGCCAUGUCCCCUACCCUGGGCCACGCUGAGCCUCACUGCCUCCACUCCGCCUGAGGAGGCACUGGUCUGCAGAGGGGUGGGGAUAUGUCUCCCCUAGUUUGGUUGGAGCCGUGCUCUUCGUCCUGCCUCACAAACCCCACGGAUGCUCUGCUCAUGCUGCUGAGGACCCAGCAAAGGACAGACCAACAUCCCCACAGGCAGGGCCAGGCAGGGGCACCCACCAGAACAGCCCUCAGGCUGGGAGACCACCAGCCUUGCAGCCCCCUUGCUGGGCCCUCUUCUGAAAACUGUGGGACAGUGUCUCCUGCUGGUUCCCAGUAGGCCAGAGGCUGAGGUGUGGUCCCUGUCUUGUCCAUCCCUUAAGACGUGUGGUGUUCCUCUCACCUGGAGUCCUGUGGGCCAGGACGUGUGUUUGUGUGCAUUCAGUCUUGGGCAGGGGGUUGGCCUGGCCUGGGAGGACAGGAAGGGGGGCUCUGCCUCCCCCUACUUCCACCCGACUCCCUUCCAGAGAACACAUCACCUGAUGGGGGCAGAAAUGGGGUUCAAGAGAGGGCCUGCCAGGGAGUGAUCCUUUUGAGACCCAGUCUGAGUGAAAUGGGGACUCAAAUGCCCAGGAUGGGGGGUCAGUGACUGUCUAGGAGGGUCCUUGGCCCUGUUAUGUAGGUGCCCCAAGGCCCCAGGGUGGAGACCAGCUGGGGUAUGUGCAGCUCUUCCCUGUCCCCACCACAGAGGUGGGAAACUAGAGCUGCUAAGGUGUGCUGGCCCGCCCCCUAAACUCAGAAUGGCCAGCCUAGCUGACACCUCACCCUGCGCUGGGGCUACUCCAGCAAGGCCUGACGCCUUUGCUCUGAGAAACGUAGCUCCCUGGCUUCCUUGGCUGGUUUAUUGGUGCCAGUUAACUCCUAGAAGCCCCCAGGACACCCACCCCAAGAGUAGGCCCCCUUCUUAGGCACUAGCCAGGGAGCACCAGCCCUGGGGCUGCCCCACUCAUGGCCCCACGGUGUCCCGUCAGACCUCGUCCCGGGACCCACCAGCCACCUGGACUCCCCCAACCUUCCUAACACUGGCAAUAAACCCUCAACUGUGACUCAGCCUA